AUGUCCUCCGAACAUGGCCUGUCCAUUAUCAAGGCCACCCCGGACCAUGUUCCAUUCAUCCAAUCCAUGGUUACCGCGGCGUACUCGAAAUACAUCCCUCGAAUCGGCAAGCCCCCUGCUCCUAUGGCGGCAAAUUACUACGAGCUUUUGAAUACACGAGAAAUAUUCGUCUUGGAACGCCUCGAAGACCAUACAAUUGUUGGUUCCAUCGUUCUCCGCGCAGACAGCGACACCAACUCAGUCAGCAUUAAUAACCUUGUCGUUGACCCCGAGACACAGGGCAAGGGGUAUGGGAGGCUACUGAUGAAUUUCGCCGAGGAUCUGGCAAAGGAAAGGGGCUAUGAGGCGAUGACACUGUUCACCAAUAUCAAGAUGUAUGAAAACCUGGCGCUUUAUCCGAAACUCGGGUUCGUUGAGAUAGAUCGGCGAGAGGAGGAUGGGUAUGAGAGAGUGUUCUUUCGAAAAGACAUAGGUGGAAAUUCAUGA